AUGACGCUCGGGAAGAACAAGCGCAUCAGCAAGGGCGGCAAGCGCGGCAAGAAGAAGGCGCAGGAGGCCAUGAGCCGCAAGGAGUGGUACGACGUGGUGGCCCCAAAGAACUUUGAGGUGCGCCAGUUCGGCAAGACCAUCUGCAACAAGACGCAGGGCACGAAGAUCGCGGCGGACUUCCUGCGCGGGCGGGUGUGCGAGAGCAACCUGGCGGACCUGAACAAGACGCAGGGCGACGACGACGCCUACCGCAAGGUGAAGUUUGUGGUGCAGGAGGUGCAGGGCCGCAACCUGCUGACGCAGUUCCACAGCAUGGACAUGACCUCCGACCGCGUCUACUUCCUGCUGCGCAAGUGGUGCACGACGAUCGAGGCGGCGGUGGAGGCGAGGACGGCCGACGGCUACACCCUGCGCCUCUUCGUGAUUGCCUUCACGAAGAAGCAGAGCAACCAGCUGUCGAAGAACUGCUACGCCAAGACGCGCCUGGUGAAGUGGGUGCGCCACCGCGUGACGAACCUCAUCCGCCAGCGCCUGGCGAAGGUGAACAUCAACGACGCGGUGACGCUGCUGACCCGCAACAUCCUGCGCGACCGCCUGACGAAGCGCUGCAACCCCAUCGUGCCGCUGCGCGACCUGCGCAUCCGCAAGGUGAAGGUGAUCCGCACGCCCCGGUUCGACGCCCAGGCGCUGCUGAACGCCCACGGCGAGAUCCCCGCCUCGGCUGAGGGCGAGGCGCGCGUCGUCGAGGAGGCCGAGGAGGCCCCUGUCGCCGAGGCCACCGCCUAA